AUGCCGUCAACAUGCAUGGAGACCCCAGCGGCACAGCAUUCCAACGAGAGCAAUCUAGCAUCUGAGGGCCUUGGGCAAACUGACGGCGAUGCAGAUGCAUCUCAAGCACGCAAGAAGGCGCGCAAGGGCACGCAGGCAGAGUCGACGACGAUCGGGAUGUGGGCAGACGGCUGUUUUCGCUCGGUUUCUCUUCAAGAACUUGGGCUGAAGGUGCAGCUGGGUCACCCCAAUGGCAAAUCAUGCUGUAACUUCGUCAAAGGACACGCAAACUUUGUGGUCUUCGACUCCGAGGGGUACCACUCGGUCAACCUCCUGUUCUGUGACUGCAAAGUACCCGACACGCGCUCCCAUAGGGACCAACUUCUCGACAUCGGAUGGUAUCCGGCGUCCGUAAUACAACCACAGACGGCGUUCACGUUCCGAUUCCUCGACACUUUUCAUCGUCUCACACUUCAAGGCAAGAUAUCACUCCACGAUUAUUACCUCUCGGUUAUCCACAGAACCGACAACGCAGGUCUCCAACAACGAAUUUAUCGGUAUCACGAGGCGGCUCUCGCCGCACGGCAAUACGCUCACCUGAUGCAAGCAAAGCGAAUGGGCCGCGGGCACGAUCCCUCUGGUAUCAGCGGCACUCAGCGAGGCGGCCUUGCGCUUCCCUGCCCGGCGUGUCCGCAACCAGAUUGGAAUUUGCCGAAGGGAUGGGAAAGCGCUCCGCCGGAGAUCAAAUGGCUAUAUGCAUUAUUUCUCGCACUGGACGCCUGCUUCAAGAUGAAGAAUAGAGACAGGAAGAUCGAUGAUCCCGAGCUUGGGGGUGGUACGGGAUAUUUUGUCGAUGAAGCAGAAUAUCAGGCGCACCUCAAACGGUAUGUUGAGGAGCCCGAGAAAAUCGAUCCAUGCGACUCCACAUUCCACGCCAUCAAAGCGGUGAAUAGUAAGAAGGCAUCAAGCGACGUCAUGUCUGUUUCAGGCGUUGCUGCUGUCAAAUGCGCCAGACACGCGUUGAUGGUGCCGAACGGCGUCGCAGAUCUCCAACGCGGUGAGAAAUAUGUCACGAUGGACUGGAUUUUCUGGUCCAGCCUUCUUCUGGUCGGGGCGAUGCUUCCUGUCAUUGCGAGCUACGACAUCGCAUGCCAAUGGAAGCAGAACCUUCGCCGCCGACAGUCGAAGCUUCCUGCGUCCUACGCAGCACUCGCCGUCAUCGCAAUACGAUUCUUUAUACCGAAUUUCCAUAUCAACGGACAUAAACUGAAAUGUCAGACCGAAUUCUAUUUUCUCCUGCACGAGGACGUUGGACUGACCCAUGCCGAGACCGUGGAGCAAGAAUGGGCACACAUCGGCGGAGUCGCAACAAUGACUCGUGAUAUGGGCCCAUCAGCUCGACACCAUACACUUAACGACCACUGGACGUUCUGGAACUUCCGCAAGAUUAUAGGAUUCGGAGACUGGUUCUAUCGGUCGCUCACCAAUACCCAAGAUGAGAUGCGGACACAUCAAGAAGUUCUUCACGAAUUUACGGAACGUUUCUCGAAAGAGACUAUUCAGGACUGGGAGUUGAUGAUACGGCGGUGGGAGCAAGAUCCUAAACAGCCAAAUCCUUACGAGGAGAUCGAGGAAGCCAUCAAUGUCAACAAAUUGCGUGGCGAACUCGCUAAGGAGGAUGCAGCAGAGGCAGGCCAACCCGACGCAACGGCACUACACGCGACAUCCGGGAAUAUGUUCGUCCAUCAAACCUUCUGCCUCCUUGAUCAGCGUCGCAAACUCCGCCAGCACGCGGUGGAUACCAAGGCCCAUGCUACCGAAGCUGCAAAGGCCACAUUGCAAGAGCGGCGCGCAGCAUUUCGCCGCCGGGUCUUCGAAUUUUACCGAAUCCAGAAUAUCUACAUGCCCGGGUGUAUAGAGGAGCGCACGUCUCAACUGGGAGAAGACGACCUUGGCUCGGGUGACACAAUUAACGCCGAAAAUCUCCCGAUUCUACUUCCUUCGGACCUCAAGGCCAUGCUGCGUAGCAAAGGAUGCCUUCCGGGGAUUGUCGACACCGAGAAACGCUACGCCGAGGCCUUGUUGAAGGAUAGCUUAGUCAAUGUGCGGCGCUUUCAGCGCCUUGUGGCGUCGGUACGACAGAAAAUGAAGCAUACUGCCGGUAGUCAACGGGAGGGAACGAGGUCCCGGUCCCUCAUGGAUACGGUAGCUGCGAAGCUCAAUCGCGCAUUCGACACGUAUGGGUCGGCGUAUACCGCGAUGCGAUCCCUAGACCCACACGGACCCUGGUCUCUACGCUUCCGGGAAUUACGCCGCGAGGAUCUUCGUGGCCCACGCCGUCAUGACAACAGCGCAUACUCUGAAGAGCAGCCCUCGGUGUGA